AUGUUGUCACCUACGGAGGCACAUUACCAAAUUAAACGGUUUCUCGCUGACAGUUUCCGCUUCAGAACGACAUAUGAGGUGUAUGCAUUUAUGAAAGCACUCAGCAGUGCUGAUCCCUCAAACCAAUCAUGGACUACAGAGGAUGGCCAGCUGUUCCUUUCAUCCAUCACAUCGAGCUCAGGCAUUAUGCGUAUCAUCCAAAUUCUCAGCUGGUCCAAAGUCUCCACUAAAGCUGGGACGAACAAAGAAUGUCUAUCCUUCCAAAGGGGCUUAAUCCCCAUACUCAAAUUCAUGUCCUCGGAAUAUGUUGUCAAGAGCACUCUCUGGACGCAGUCUAACAUUUUGUUUCACACUAUACUUGACAAUAUCGAAAACCUCUCUUUUGUAAUCAACUCGUGCAUGGAGGCAAUCAUGGCUGCGGAAUCAUUCUCAGUACUUCAACAGCCAGGGGCGAUGCAAGGGGAGAGCAUGGGCAUCAGUUUUUUUACUUCUCUGUCUACGAUACUUCAAGAGGUUCUCAUCCGGUUCAAGAACACCGUCAUAAUGUACCCCAACCUAGGCCCCCUUUCCCGUCAGGUUAAUGAAUGGUACUUCAAGUGGCAAGCCAGUAUCUGCGCAAGUCCAUCAGCCUUUGACGGCCCUUUUAUGAGCACGCAAAUCCCUGUUCGAGAUCUUAUCUUGGGAGACAUCCAAGAUAGAUUUGCACGUAUCAUUUCUAUGGUUGAAAGAGAGCAAGAGAAAGCAAACGGUAAUGGCAAGGAAAAGGAUCAGCCGAGGACAGCCCCACGGAUCAGUGAAGGAAAACUAGCUGCCCUCAAAACAGCAUAUGAAGGCCCUGGGGAGCUUCGCCACGAAGGUCCUUGCCACGACAAUGACCACGUUGAUAUCUACGACAUCCGGAUUGCUCCUACUCAUGAGGAACUAACUUGUUGGUUGGAUCCGUUCUUACCUGCAAACCUAUAUGGUGCUCCCCACCUGGCCCCACCUGAAUCUAUGGAGCGCCUCCUUGACAUACAGUUUCAUCUCCUCAGAGAAGAGCUGAUUGCACCUCUUCGGCUUGCCGUUCAGCUGGUCUUGGAUGACAUCAAGAACACAAAUUUCCGCAAAACUCAGCUUUCACAGUUCUUGAGUAAAGGCGGAGGAAAGUGCCGAGGACAUGCAGGUGGACGGGACGGCGUGAUGUUCAAUCUAGGGAUAUCCACAAGCAUAAUGUUCGACGCGCCCCCUGGACGAGCACGAUCUCAGCAGGCAAGUGCAAGGGCUGCAUUCUGGGAGGGGAUGAGUGGGAAGCAUUUAUCCCAAGGCGGCCUCAUUGAAGUCGUCUGGCAGUCAGGUGGCAACGUGGCCAUUCACCUAGGUGUCAUCGCCAGCUCGGUCAAGGAUGUGGCAGAACAUGUCAGGCGCAAUGCUGAACGGGUCUGCGUGCGCAUCGUUUUCUUUGAUGCUUCAGUUGAAUUACGGAUACUGCAAGAUCUGCAUAGCCGUUCCACUGACAGCGGAAUUAAGCUGCUCGUUGAAUCUCCCAUGAUGUUCGAGGCAUUUCGGCCAAUUCUUGAGGCCCUCAAAGUCCAGCCCGAGACGAUUCCCUUUGCUUCCGACCUUGUACACCAUCACCCGGAUUUUUUCAGUACCCACUCUAUCAGCCCUCCAAAGUAUGCCCUGCUUCCAGGCUUUUCAUACGACUUGAGCUCUUUAGUCUCUGGAUUUGACAGGAACCAGCUCUUGCUAGCACCAAGUGACACUCAUACAGCUGACAAUGCUCGAGCUUUGCUACGUCAACAAAGCUGCUUAGAUCCCAGUCAAGCUGAUGCAGUAGUUGACGCAUUGAUGAGCGAAGUCGCUCUGAUCCAAGGGCCUCCAGGGACCGGAAAGAGCUACACCGGGCUUCAGUUGCUUCGAGUCUUACUCAAUAAUGGCAUACGGCCCAUACUGAUGAUUGCUUUUACAAACCAUGCAUUGGAUCAUAUGCUCAGCUCGGUACUUGACGCUGGGAUCACAAAGAACAUUCGUAUCUCAGAGUUCUCUAUUGAGAUGCUCGAGAUGAUUGCAGGUCACUCAAGACUUGAUUCAUCCUUCUCGGGGCGGCACAGGGAUCACAAGGUUGCCGAGGAGGAAAUCUGUCAGCUCAUCAACCAGAUGGUCAAUUCUGAAAUUGAGUCGGAAUCUGAGGAGAUCUCCAAACAUAUACAAUGCUUCUAUCCUGAGCAUCACGAAUUCCUUUCUAACCCCCCUCCUUGGAUCAAUAGCAUCAUCUCAGCUUUUGUGGAUCACGAGGAAGGCUGGUAUAGUCAAGGUGCAAGCAGCCGGUCCAAACUCAAGGAUAUUAGCUUGUAUGCACUCUGGCUGAAAGCUGUGGAUUUGGACUUUCUAGAACAGCCUGAGCCAUUUUCAGAUGCAACUGGUUUGUCUGUUCAGCCGCACAGCACCCACAACACUUUUAGCAUGCUCAAUGUGGAAGGCAGCCACGAAGAUGAGACCGCUGGCUCGGAUGAGGAGGGACCAGAAGACAUAGUAGUCGCAUCAGGAUUAGUGGAGGAAAGGUGGUUGACUGAAUUCCAAAAUUCUGCCCAGAUGACCGAACUGUCCCAAUCUGCAAUGCAGAAUCAAAUAACUCAAGCAUCCCCUCAGCCCCAUACUCCACGUUCCAUAUCUCCUUUGGCCACUUCGAACACACCACAUAUAGGUGACAUUCAGGCCUUUUUUUCAACAUUCAAUUAUGAUCGACCUCCACAAGUCCCAACUUCCAAUCGUUGUUUGGAGCACCUUUUUGAUGACGGUGGGGUUUGGAGUAUGGGCCGCCUCGAGAGAGCUUCACUUCACGAUUACUGGCUACAGCAAGUCAGGGUCACUGUGUAUGAAGCCCGUCUUGCCGAGUUUCAAAGGCUGAGAGAACGGCAUGCCGAAACACUGCGUCGGUAUAACGAAGGCAAAGAAGAGGUUAAGUGGCUGCUUAUGAAAAAUGUUGACAUCAUUGGGUGUACAACAAUGGGUGCUGCAAAGUUGACUUCUCUCCUGAAAGGGCUAAGCCCGUGGGUGCUCCUGGUUGAAGAAGCAGGUCAAGUGCUUGAAGCGCAUAUCUUGAGCAGCCUUGUUCCUUCUGUGGAGCAUCUAAUUCUCAUUGCUUUAUCAAUGGAUAGCAAGCGUGGGUGUGAACUAUUCAAAUUUGAUAUGUCCUUGAUGGAAAGGCUAUCGAGCGCUGGAUUCCCCAUGUCUCGCAUUGAUGUGCAGCGCAGAAUGCGCCCAUCGAUAUCCUCUCUGAUACAGAACACGUUGUACCCUGGUCUUGAAGAUCACGAAAUAGUCCUGCAGUACCCACCAGUCCAAGGGAUCACGAAGGACGUGUUCUUCUUUACUCAUGAACAUCAGGAAAACGGAGGUGCCGAAGACAUGUUAGCGAGCAAGUAUGAUAUGUUUGAGGUCAACAUGAUAAAAGACCUUGUUUUGUACUUUUUGAGGCAAGGCUGCUACUCGCAAGAUGGAGACAUUGUUGUUCUUUGCGCAUACCUGGGACAGCUCGCGCGGUUGAGGGAUGCACUCACAAAUGAAAUGGCUGUUAUAGUUGAACUUGAUGAAAGGGACAAACAAGCUCUCGCUGAGGAAGAGGAUGAUGUUGCAGUUGACUCAGAGACCACAAGCAGCGUGGAACAGGUUCAAGUGACCAAAAGGGUUCGACUUCGAACGGUUGACAACUAUCAAGGCGAGGAGGGUACUAUUGUCAUCUUAUCUUUGGUUCGGAAUUCCGGUGCCUUGGACGAAGAAAUGGCCAACCUGGGAAUUGCUGCUGCCAACAGGACUAACAUUGGUUUCCUCAAAUCAGAAAACCGUACCAAUGCCCGCCAUGGGCUCUACAUUUUCGGAAACGCAGCUAACCUUGCCUCAAGAAGCACCAUGUGGAAAUCUGUAAUUGAGGAAUUGGAGGUGGGUGAUGCUCUUGGCCCAGCACUACCCAUGAUACAUUUUUUUUUGCUUAAUUAUUUUGCAUGCCACCGCCACCCUGAUAUUGUAGAACUCGUGUCCGAGCCUGGUGUUCUCCCAAGAAUUGCUCCUGACAGUGGUUGUAUGCGACCUUGCGAAUUCCGCCUCCAGUGUGGACAUAUGGGUCCUUACAAGUGCCAUAGUGACGAUCCGAAGCAUAUGGUGGUACAUUGCCUACAAGUCUGCAGAAGGCUUUGCUCUCGAGAACACCCGUGUAAAAAAGAAUGCGCGGAACCUUGCGGCAAUUGCCUAUUCCUCAUCUAUGAUGUGAAGCUGCCUUGCGGUCACACUAGCCCGCCGCUUUCAUGUCAUAGAAUGGAUAGUCUGAAAGAUGUUGCUUGUUUGCAUCCAGUUGUCAAGAAUCUACCUCACUGCGAACACUCUGCAACCCUGUCAUGUUCAGCGGAUCCGACGCUCCACAAGUGCCGGGAAAUUUGUGAGCGUGUGAUGCCAUGCUGCAGAAAGACAUGCAAUGCACCCUGUCACGAAUGUCAAGAGAUGAGCUUGCCUAACGCAGACAGACUGGAAUACAUAGAGCGAGCUCAUCAUCGGAAGCAUGGCUGUGACAAGCUGCUCUACUGUGGACAUCAAUGUCAAGAACCUUGUUUGCGGCCAUGUCGACAGUUCUGCUCUCAUGCCCGAUGCAAACUACAGUGUUCAGACCCUUGUCCUUGUCAGAAGCCUUGCGAAUGGCGCUGUUGUCAUCACACUUGUCCUGUUCCAUGUGGAUCAGUCUGUGCUCGCUUGCCUUGCGACCUUAGGUGCUACAGAAAACUAGGCUGUGGCCAUAGAUGCCCCUCAGUGUGUGGUGAGGACUGCCGUAUCCAAGUCUGUCCAGCUUGCGCAGCCGAGGAUCAAAGAUCCAAAGUGGCCGAUCUUGUGAUGCAAUGGACCCUACAAGAAAUAAACGUGGAUGAGGAGACCGUGGACGAACUGCUCAUAACUCUGCCCCACUGUGGACAUGUCUUCACAGUCGAAACACUCGAUGGCAUCUGCAGCAUGACAGAGUACUACAACCAGGAUGCACAAGGAUGCUGGGAAACUCUAGCCUGUCCACCUCAUGGUUUCAAGAGUCCUCCGACAUGUCCUACUUGUCGCACCGCCAUCAAGUCGCCUUGUUACGGUCAAAUCUUCAAAAGAGCUGAUUUGGAUAUCUUAGAAAGGAACAUUCCUUCCAAGAUGUCGCGGCGGCUUACAGAGGCUCAGUCACGAGACAACAAUGUGGCAAACACCAAACUCCACAAGGUUGAACCACCUGUUGUCGAUAUAUGGCGCAAGGCUACUCACAAACUCUUCACUGCCUAUCGCAUCGCUGCAGACGCAGGCGGGAUGCGCUCAGCACACAACAGAGCAUGGGAAGCAUCUGUUUCCUGUCUCUAUGAACAAGAAACUCAAUGCUAUGUCGACCAUCCUAGUCAAGCCCCCAUGCGCCCUAUGGAGCAUGCUAGGCAAGAAGCCAUGAGGAAGGUCGGGCAACCUCGUCCCCUGGCUGACAAGCGAUUCCUCGUUGAGUCAAUCUGGACUAGUCUUCACAUACAGCUCGCGCUUUCUCGCCUCGGGACAGCAUGGCUCGAAGAGGUGACAAGGCUUGGAAACGAAUAUCCUAAGUCAAGUCGCGCAGUCUGGGCGAGCUACCUUGACUUCAUAUUCUCCACUUGUUCCCGUGACGUGAAUCUUGCUUUCAACAUUGCGAUCAGUUCCGGUUCACCUCGCCAAGCUACUACCACGGUUCUAAUGCAUCUCAGAGUGGACCUCGAGAAAUUCUGCUUCAAUCUUUUCAUGUGUAGGAGUAAUGGGACUUUGAAGGACGAUAGGGAAGAGAUGAUAGCUCGCGUCGAAAGUGGCCGAGACCAGGCGGGGCAAGAGGUUAAGCAAGCCGUCCGCAACUAUCUCAACCCCUGCAUGACUACAGUGAAUACCGAUCUAGAGAAAGAACGGAAAUGGCUGGAAGACAACUUUUCGAAGACAGCUCAUACAAUCACCGACAAAUGGGAGAAUAUUUUGAAGUCAUUACGGAUGGACACAUUUUAUGAGCCUGUCUCUAGACGAGCAGAUGGAAAUCGCCACACUGGACAUUUCUAUAAUUGCCCUAACGGGCAUACCUUCGUGAUAACUGAAUGCGGCGGGGCGGUGGAGCGUUCGCAAUGCCCCGAAUGUGGCGAAAACAUCGGUGGAUCAGGACACAGACUUGACUCGAGGAACACGGUCGCCACUGACUUUGAAGCAUUGGCACGUCAGGCAGGUGCAGGAAUAUCGCCUUGGAUGUUCUGA